GAAGCUUUAGGUAUAACGAAGGAAGCUGCCGAUCAUCGCUCUCCUUAUGUGAAUAUGAUGAGAUCUUCAUCGGAUGCAUGGAGAACGAGUUGGUUGUGCCGUGUGAUGGUGGUGCCAUGGAGGAAGAUAGCGGGUUUAAGUGGAGAUUAAAAGAUGUGAUGUGGGCCUCGGUAGGGGUUGUGGGAGAGAGCGCGCUAGGUGUGACCGAGAAAGUGGUAUUUUCGGAUGGUACAUGUAGGAUUUUGAAAAGGUUUCGAAUGGUUUAUGUAAGGAGGAAAGGGUUCAGGCGACGUGUAGCCCGAUUGGCUGAGAUAGGACAAUGUUGUGAUUAUCUUGUUCCGGUGAGGGCGUAUCUUUAUUCCAAGAGGUUCAAGUUUGUUGUUUCUGAUUACUACCCAAUGGGCAGUUUGUAUGAUCUACUUAUAGGGGCAAGAGAACAUGGUCACACCCCCCUUACUUGGAAGAAAAGACUAAAGAUAAUCUUGCAAGUAGCCCGCGCCAUUUGCUUCAUCCAUUCACAAUCGCCAGCACGAGAAAGAAACAUGAUCAUGAAUGUCCAUGGAAACCUUAAAACCUCCAACAUCAUGAUUGAUGUUGAUUUCAACGCUUAUCUCUCAAACUAUGGCUUCACGCAACUUGCGAAGGAACUUUCUGAUGACACGCAUCAAUGGAAUACAUCAUCUCAAUCCCCACACGAACCAUUGUCACGAAAGAACGACAUAUAUCAUUUUGGAUUAAUCAUGUUGGACAUUUUAGGAGGAGCAAAGGCAUUGGAGUCGAUAGGAUCAUGUGAUUGUGAAAGAAAAGGAGAUGUUAAAGAUAAAGAAGGUGAGAUUUUUGAGUUCACUUUUGAAGGGAAAGAUAGAUGGAAGGUUUUGAAGGUUUGGAACAUGGCAAUAGAAUGUACAAACCGGUCACGUGAAGCUAGGCCUUCAAUUGAGAACAUACUCUUACACUUGAGCAAUUAAUAAUAGUACUUAAGCAUAUACUAAAAAUAAAUAAAUACCUCUUGAUUUUUAGAUAUUCAUUAAAACAUUCGCGAAUUAUAAUUAGUGUGUAUGUAUGUAUGCAUAUAAUAUCAUUCACUCAUGAAAUGAUAAUACAUAGGUUUCUAG